AUGGCCGCCUCUGGGGUUCCGACCCGCCAGUACACAUCCGAGGAAUUCGUCGAGAGCUGCGGCGCCAUCCUGUUCAACCUGCAGCAGCCAGUGAGAGUUUGUUUGAUCCGCCAUGGGAACGAAUGGCUGCUGGCUAAGGGCCGGCGGAAUGUCGGUGAAACCCGCCAGGAAGCGGCCCUGAGAGAGGUGAAAGAGGAAACCGGAUAUGACUGCUGCGUAUACCCCGUUGGGAUGUCAACUCGAGCGCCACCAGCAGCUGGGUUGUUAGACCACCACCAUAUUUCAGACCAGGCGCGGUAUCACCACAACCUAAGUGAGCCAUUUAUGCUUACGGUCCGAGAGAUUGAUGGGCGUUCUAGCGCAAAAUUAAUCUGGUGGUAUAUCGCAGUGGCUGCCGGGGACGGCCCCGCGGCAGAGGCUGAUUAUACAGCUGACUUCUUCACGUUGAACGAAGCUAUACAAAAGCUAACAUUCCGGUCUGACCGCGAAGUGCUAGAGAGGGCCAUCCAGCUGACCUUCCCGUGUCGAUUUCAAAAUGAGGGGGAGAUUGCCAUCAACUAA